GGUAGCGUGUGACUUCUGUGUCUGUUUAGAGAAGAAUAAGCUUCUAAUUUCGAGUUUCUUUGUGAUUGAACUGCGUUCAGCGAGAGCCCUUGGGAAUGAUGAGAUAGAGAUGUCAGCCACCAUGUCAACCAGAAUUGGUGGCAGUGCUGGUAGCGGAGGUGGUGGUGGAGGCAGUAGCGGCAGUGUCAACCUUGAGAAGAGAUCCUCUGUUGCUCGGGAGAUGCACGUUACCACCACCCCAGGAGCCAAAGUCAGUAAGUUACGCCACCUGUUUGAGGCCCCGGCCCAAGAAGUAAAGCCCCCGUAUAAGUCCAAGAUCAACACGGCCAAUGGUGUAGCACACCCUGCACAUCGACCAUCUAGUCAGGAGUUCAACUUGAACAUAUUAGCACAUCAACAGCAGAAUGAGGACCAAUAUGAAGAGAAGUCGUCAGAGAAUAAAGGCGAUCCUAGAAUGCGGUUCCAGAAUGCACGAAUGCUCUUUGAAACCACUAACCGGGCGACAAGUCCACCAACAGCAAGGAAGAGCUCAUCCACAACAGCCAAGCAACCGCUCAGUCCACCAACCAGUCCUCAUGUCAAUAAGAAACGCUACAGCCGUAAUACAUCUACAGAAAGUACAGGGACUUGUAGCUCCGGUGAGAAUGAAUCUCCGAAGAGAACCCUUGCUGGACGGCCGUCUCCUGUUGAGACUCCAGAGAAACCGUCACGCCGCUUCGAUGCCAAGGUAUCCGAUAGUACUAGCACACGCAAUACUGGCCCAAUAUCCAAAGUAGUCCAGGAUUUUUACUCACCAAUCCAAUCAGCCAGCACAGAUCCAGUUCACAAACAGCCCCCUCAUGAGAGGACCAAGCCUUCGCCUCCACCAUCACCAAGAACAACAAAGCCUCUCCAAGGCAUUAGUGUGGAGAAUGGAGGGAUGGAGGGGACCGCUGAUGAUUUCACGGAGCCGGCAGUUGUGCGUCGUGCUCGUAUGCGCUCGUGUUCACCUGAAGAGGAGAAGAAACGUCGUAGCCUGGAUGAUCCUGUGCCUUUUGUACGGAAGGAAGUAAGUCCCACAGAUAUUCAUCAUGUUCAAGCACCCAAGACCAAGACCGUAGUCUCUGCCUCAUCCCUCAUAGCCUUAAACCAGCCAGACAUUAAUUUACGUGAAAAACUCGGUCUUGAUCUUGAAGGAGGGACACACAUGGAGGAAAGGAAAUCUCCUCUUUCUCCAACUUCUCCCACGGCCAGGAAACCUGUGGUUAUGCGUUCGGCUGGUUCCCAGCACAAGCUACGAGCAGGCAUCCGCCGUUACUCUCGGGAGUAUGAGGAAGAUGACAGCGAAGAGAUAUCCUCUGAAUACAGCACCCAGGCUUCCGCCUCUGACACUACUGUUGAAGAACGUGAGAUCACCGUGUCUGCCGCAAAAGCCGAGGAGACCGAAGCGAGCCCCUUGCGGGAUUCAAGCAUCGAGUCGACUCGGACUGAUGCCCCUGGUAGAGGCUCCCAUCUGGGGGAAUCCCAUGUCAAGGCCAACCUCUGGACUGACACCGAUGCCAACUCAGAUGCUUCCACAACAUUCCACUCACCGACGGGCCAAGUGGAUGAGCCAAAUGUUACUGCAUCCACCUAUGCAACCACUUGUCAGAGUCCUCAGAGGGACCAAAUCAAGAGCAGGGACCUUGAUAAACUAGAGAUGGCAAUGCAAACCAAAGAGACAGCGAUAAUCGACGAUGAGGAUGAAGAAGAAGAGGAGGAAUCAGAGGAAGAGACAGAGGACCAAGAGAUGGAUACCAAAGAGCUGGAGCUGCAGCUGAGCCAGGAGGCUCUGAAUAUCAUAACUGGGAGGGGGAAGUCUUCUUUCAUUGAGAUUAUCGAUUCAGCUCAGGAAGAUGAAGACGAGGAUGAGGAGGCAGCCAAGAAAGUGCUACCACAGACACAUGUUGCCGAGCUCUCUGCACUGUCCGACACCGAUGAAGAGGAUGUCUCCAACAAGAGGACAAGAAAACUCAAAUUCAGUAAGGCCCCCAUCAAGGUCUAUGAAACGUGGGCUGUUCAUGAGUAUGAUCGUAAAAAUGAAGACAUUGAUCCUAUUGCGGCCUCAGCUGAAUAUGAGCUGGAGAAACGAGUGGAGCGGAUGGACGUCUUCCCCGUGGAUCUUGAAAAAGGCGAUGAUGGCUUGGGCCUUAGCAUUAUCGGCAUGGGGGUGGGUGCAGACGCAGGACUGGAGAAACUUGGUAUCUUCGUCAAGACCAUCACUCAAAAUGGUGCAGCUCAUCGAGAUGGGAGGAUCAGCGUGAAUGAUCAAAUCAUUGAGGUGGAUGGGAAAAGCCUUGUAGGUGUCAGUCAGAGCUAUGCUGCCAGCGUCUUGAAGAACACCAGUGGACUAGUCAAAUUCUUAAUCGGUCGCGAGAAGGACAGUGAAAACAGCGAAGUAGCUCAACUAAUCUCCCAGUCCCUGCAACAUGACAAAGCCAUGAGGGAGUCCGCCCCCGUGGAAAGCCCCUUGGAGUCAAUGGUAUGGCCCUAUAACUACAACAGCUAUAGCCCCUCCUCUCUCUUCAGGAGAGCCAAUGGCUUUACCUCACCAGACGAUGACAACAUGAAGUUGGAUGCUCUGAAUGAGUCCUCAGAAGGCGAUGAGGACAGCCGAUUAGUCAUCGACACAUUUGAGCUGGACGAGAGCAUGAGCAGUGGCUCGGCCAGUAAGCCAACGUCGCCAUCCUCUGACCAGCCGUCAGACCAGGCCCUGGCAGACAUGAGGGUCAAACUCAAGGAAGCCCAGUACAAGAAUGCUGUAGCCGAGGCAGAGAUAGCCAAGCUGAAGAUACAGGUCAUGCAGGCUCAGGGUUGGGAAGCCGAAGAGACCAGACUCAAGCAUCAGAUUGAGCUCCAGGAUAAGCGACUGACCCUCCUGGAUCAGAAGCUGGAGAAGACAGAAGCCGAGCUGAACGAGGUCCGCAGGCUGCUGGAGGAAAACCAGAAUCAGUACUCGGUGCUGGACAAGAAGUAUCACAAGGCCAAGAAACUCAUCAAAGACAUGCAGAACAAGGAAGAGGAGUUUCAGAACAAAGAGAAGGCGUUUCAAGAAGAGAAGGAACGGCUGCAAGAGAGUCACAUGAGAGAAAAGAGGACAUUACAAGAAAAGAUUGAUGAGCUUGAACUGAAACUGUCCAGUGAAUCCCAAAGGGUCCGAAGUCUUGAAGGAUCUGACGGGAUUCAAGCUGACCAAGAUUCCAGCUCACCAGACAAUGGAGAUGAAGGUGUCAUCUUGAUACGGCAAUCAGCUUUACCAUCCUUUGAAGACAUUCUGGAUGCGGAGGGAGGCAAAGCCAUCCUCGUAGAUGACUCCCCCGAAGUUGAAUGGGAAUGGGACUUUGACGGGGACCAGCUAAUGUGCGCUCCUAUCAUCCCACUGGAAAGUGGCCUGGAUUUCUCUCAGGCUCCGCCCACAGAAGUGGAAGUGCAGCCAGUGGAAGAGGAGGAGGAGGGAGACGAAGACGAUGAGGAUUCGUCCGGAAAUGAGGGAGGCUAUGACGUGUCUCAGGACCCAGAGGAGGCUGAUGAAAGGGAGAAAAGCCUAGAGGCUGACUUGAAGGAAGCCCACAUGCUGCAACAGCAGCAGGCGUGGUUUGAGCACAUUCCAGACACCGACAUGCUGGACACCAGCAUGGAGAAAUCCAAGAUACAGCUGGUGACAGGCAACAACAGCAUGCUGGCCAGUCGCAAGAAGCCCACCAAAGCCCACCUUGCCCAGAAUGCACUGCAGUCACACAACUUGGUCAUGAAGCAGCCAAUCACAGAGGAGCAGCGAAGCCUAGAUCAUUUGACAAGCAAUGGCAGCCCCAGACAAGGCAGGCAUCCAGUCUCUGUCCCGAAUCUUCCAGUGAAUGGCUCCCCCCUGCUGAGACACAGAGAAGUGUCCAGUCGGGGCUCUCCCACUUCUACCAGAGUACAGGUGCUACCAGGGGGUGCCACAGUGCCAUCUAGAGAUGUGAGAUCAUCACCCAAAGUGCCUCCAAAAAAGAAGAGUAAACCAGAUAUACGGGUCACGACUGGUGAAUCGUCCAACCCUGUAGAGUACCAUAUGGACGCCGUCUAUAGACAGCUGAUCAGGGAGUUAGCAAGUGAAGGCAAGUCGGGCCAGACGUCACCCCGUCCCAUCAAGUCAGAUCUUCCUCCUGCGAUGCCCAUUCUCCGUCUUCAACCCCCUGCCUCCUCCUCUGAGGGCUUGGGUGUGACCUUAUUGUCCACCAGGUCACUGGAACAGGAGGGUGAAGGUCAGGGUGGUCAGCGAAUGUCCAGUCCACCGAGUCCUGUGAUCAAGGGGACGGCUGACGGUGAGAGAAUGGAAAUAGACCAAGAGACAACCUAUACCACCAAGAGUUCAAUCCCUGUAGCGCCGAGCACGGACAUCUUUGACUCUAUGCCCAUGAGCGAGACUGGGGGAAAGAAGAAGACAAAGAAGACUGCUAAGUAUCAGAUCUCGGCGCCUCUGCAGAGUAUGGAGCCCGGUAGGAAACCUCAUCAAAUCGAGGAUCGUCCAAUCACAGAGUGGAACACAACGCAUGUGUCCCAGUGGCUGAUGGGUAACAGCCUCGAUGAAUACAUUACUGAGUUCACAGCCAACAACAUAACUGGGCCAGUUUUGCUUACUCUAGAUGCUGCCAAACUCAAGACAUUGGGAGUGACAAGCAGUUCUGACCGUAGCCUCUUCAAGAAGAAGAUCAAAGAUAUGAAGGCACAGGUGGAGAAGGAGAAGAAAGCCAUUGCUAAGGAACACAAAAUCCGAGAGAAGAAAGAGAAAAAGGCUGCCAAGAAGCUCUUUUCUACUGCCCAGUAGAGGAGUGGUCACAAGUCCAGAUUCUUCUCAAGGAUAUCACACUUGAAUCGGUACAGUAACCUGACCGAGGAAGUUGCCAUUAUGAGAACAAUCUGAGUCAUGUGGGACAUGAGGAUAUGACCUCAGAAUAUUGUCACAUGGGAUGAGGUGACCUGUAGUCUGACCUCCAGAUUGAACUGUGACCUCGAGUAUAACAGCCUCAUGACAGCAUUGUCAUGGGUGAUGUGGAAGUCUGAUCCCUGGAUGGUGACCUUGGCACUGCAACCUUAGGCGAUGUGUCCAGUAGUAUGCUCUCUGGAUUGACCUGUGACCUAAGGAGGGUGACCCAUAUUCUGACUUUGUGAUGUAUGACCUUAGGUCCAGACACACAAUUGAAUUGUAACCUGAAAGAAAAUGAGCUAGGACAGACUUCAUGAGAUGUACGUAACAGGAAGCGUCAACUUAGCUGCGAUUCGUGUGUAGCCAUUGUUAACACUUGACCUCGAGAGUGACCUUUGUACUGUAGUCUGCAUUCUGAGGUCAGAUAGCAGGAGAGAGUCUUAAGGUGUGUGACCUGAGAGUAGUGAACUCAGUAGAAACGACCUUGGGCCAUUACCACAGCAGCUUUGACCUUGAAUACCUGUACGAGAGAAUGACCUCUCCUGAUGUCUUUAUUGUGUUCUUCUGGACACCAACAUUGUGUGCACAUUGGGCUGUUAACCUAGAAAAACACCUUUUGCAGUUCCACAGAACUACAAGGAUAUUGCCUUCAAGAAAAUGACCAUGGGGAACCUCCUUCAGAUAAUGAGUUACAGAAAGGGCCAACCUUUAAUGUUGAUAUGUGAGGACUGAGAAACAGCCGUUAAAAGCGAUUUUCCAAAUGUGACUCAACAACACUGUCAUCUUCCAAAUCAAAGUGAAGAAACCAACUGUGUUCUUAGUGUGCAUGUCUUUGCAAAUGUUCUUGAAGUCCUCUUUCCCUGCAUUCCGGUUUCAUGUCACUGAGAAAUCGUUCCUUACCUGCCUAAACGCUGUCUAUCGUUGCAGCUGCAUCCUUUCUUCAGCGUAGCAGCUUUCUGUUAAUUUGCAGCUUACAGAUAAUUUUGAGUUGAAGUCAGUGUUAUUUGUCAAGCGCUUUUGCAAAUUUUCAUUCUCAAGAUAAACUGCACAAUAAGUCAAAGCAUGCACAGAAGUGUAGAUAUUGUAGCCAGUGAUCAAUGCGAAGAAAAAAAUUGUAGCUUAGAGAAAGUUGUUUAUUGACUCAGAUUUGUGUACAAUUAUUUCGAAGCCUAGUAAUAUAUAUAUCUUCUGGUUUAUUUUUGAUAGUUGCUUUGUGUGAGUCCAGCAGAAACAGACAAAUUAUUCAGUGUUUUGUAUAGCAUGAUUUCGUGAUUUUUUGUUUUUAUUACUGAGUGAUUUUGUCAAUCACAGAUUCCUUGUCACAGUUUUCUUACCAAAUACAGUGAACUGAAAUCAAUUAUGGGAUGUAUUAGCUCGGAAAUUAAUGACUUAACAAUAGUUGUUGACAAUUUUGUCAGGUUGUGUGACCACCAGCAUGCUCAGAAUGGUGCAAUUUAUCAAUACAUCACAGCAAAUUGAAAUUUUACUUUUGCUAAGCCAAUUAGAUUUGAACAACAAGUGAAGAUUCCAGGGAGCCCAAGUUUCAAGCAACAGAAGAGAGGCUUCAGUUAUUAUUUCAAUUCUUUAAGUUUAUUAUUUCUUUUUUAAUUUCUGAAUGGCCCUUUCAGUACAGAUGCAAUAUUCCAAACACCGUCGACACACUCGUUGGCCAUCACUUCAACUUUAUACUGGAUGACAUUCCUCCCACACACACCUUUUUAAAAUUAGUAAACAGCACAGGAAAAGGAAGGAAAGAAAUGGAGAACAGAAUAAAAUAGGGGAAGGCGAAUUCCAUUCCGUUGAAAAUGGCUAGAAGUUGCCCCACCACUGUCGAUGGUUUGUCAGUCUGAGAGCCCGCUCUCUCCAAAAAAAGCUGUAUGCCCUCUCCGAAGAAUAACCUUUGAACACCCAUGGGCAUAAACUUUGAUAUCUGACUGAUGUAUGAAUACUCCCCUUUGGGAGGAAUGUAACCUGAUUAUUGGUUUAGAAAGAACACCCAAAAAAGAGCUGUGAUUGCCAUACAAAAAUUAGUUAUUUCAUGAAGAAAGAGAGAAUUAAGCAGUCAGAAUCUGAUUUUCAAAUAUCAACUCUUGCCUGGUUUGACGAGAUCGCGCUGAGAUAUGGAAUUCUCUCGGUCUCUACUGUUAAUUACUGGUAGGGUGCAGGCCGCCUACUUUGUCUUACAAAUACACCAUAUUUGCCAUACUAAAAAGCAUUACAUUUAUGGUAGAUGCACACAUACGUGUUCACUAAUUUACAGUAUAUAUUAUGUUUUUAUAUUAUGUACCUUUUGAUACUCUGCUGCCUGUAGCAAAUUUGGCAGAUUUUUUUUUAUAUGAUUUGAUAGUUUUUGUGUUCAGAGUUUGUAGAUUUUUGUUAGACAUUUCAUGUUUUGCAUAAUCAACAGUGUGAAGAGUCUCAAUGUACUUCGCAGUACUAUGUAGGAGGAAAACAUUUAUUGUGGCUGUCUUUCGGAGAUCUGCUGAAUUUAAUGGUAUGAUAUAAAUAGCUUUGGUGGGGAACAAUUUGCUGGAGAAAUUGAAGAAUAAUAUAUUAUUUGAUAUUAUUUGGAUUUAAGUUUUUACUUUUAGAUUUUAAAAUUUUCAGCAUUAAUGUUCAAAGAUUGGGUGCAGUCACAUACCAUUAGCCACGCUGCCGAUUCAUACUUUUAGGUAUAAGGGGCUUAAUCUAUUAACAGCCUAGCUCAAUCUUUUAUCUGCACUCUCGUUAUUUUUCCAUAUCAUGCCUCUCCACUUUUUAAUAAUAGUAAUAUUAAUAUGUCUUAGCGUCUUGGAUACCAGAAGUGGCUGUAUGCAGAGCGUGAGGGCGCUUUACUUUCCUGCAAAGUGGUACUUAGCAUUCGGUUGUUUCCUGCGUGCCUAAGAAAGAUGUGGUUACCAACCACAAGCAGGCGUAAGGCAGCAGAGCAGCACACAUAGCAUUUUCUCCGUUGCAAUUUCGCUCGACCCUGUCGUCCUUCAGAGGAGGGCAAUCGGAUGACCUCAUUUUUGUCGAGCACUCCCUUUUUUUUUCCUUCUUUUUUUGAUGGUGUUCGUUUGAACAAUAUAGCACGGGUCAACAUCACGUGCACGUGACACGUGCGUACUGUCUGAAGGUACGUGCGUGGAGUAGGGACAGCAGGGAGCCCCCAAUUUCCUUCACCAAAUUUUAUCAAAGGCAUUUGGUCUUUCAAGUGCGCUGUAAACUGUUGGGACGAGCUAAUAUUGCCGUUUGAUACUUCGCUUUUACUUCAUAUCGCAUAUUUAUUGGAUCUGUCUGUGCUUAACUGGCGUUUCAGCUACCACGAAUAGUCAAGUAGAAUUCUGCAUGACGUAAUGUACUGAUCACCUUUGAGGAUGUAAACCUUGUUCCAUUGUCUUGUUAGCUUGCAGUUGUGCUAUUUUAGCGAAGUGUGUGUUAAGUACCCGUCCAGUGUGCUUGGUAUCAGCCGUUUUUACUCAAACCUUUGAACGUUUGCCUUAAGGUUUUGAUUGUAUUUAUCACCCCUUUCUGUGUGUGUGUUUUGUUUUGUUGGAUUAUUGGUUUUUUUUCUUUCUUAAUUUUCCCCGAAUCUGCCGUCUUUCGAUAAAGGAAUGAUUUACUUCAUGCAAUACAACUUUCUUUUUAUUCCCGGCUUCUUUUAGUCUGAUUCCGGAAGGUAUGCAUGUACUUCUGGAUGACCAUGACUUCAUGCCAUGGCUCCGGUUUGCCCAACGUAAUCGACAAUGUUAGACUGUAGUAGUUAUUUAGUUUGAUUUUAUUUGUGUAUCUCUACAACGGAAAGAGUAUCCCGUAAGUUUUGAGAAACAAAAAUGUGAAUGGUGACGAGAUGUUAAAAUCACCCGUUACGAUGCUGAAAAAGGAGCACAGCUUACGAUACUCGUAAGCUCAAUUUUGGUGCUGAAUCACUAUUGAUAUACUCGUGUCUCGUGAUUGGUUACUCGGUUGAAAUACUUAACGAAUCACACAGUCUUCUGAUUUCAGUCUUGCUCGGGAUAGGUUAGACGAUUUAGUGAAUGAGCGACUUAUGUGCAUGCAUCCAUUUGCCCAUGCGCUUAAGCUCUUAACAGAAUCGGAAGUGAAAAACCUUGUAAAAUACGGUAUAUUUAGAGGUGUAUAUUUCUAGUAGUAAGCUACAUAAGGGAGUUAAUCACCGUGUACAGUGUAUACGCGUUUAAGAAAUGCAUGUAUAUAGUGAGUACAUGUAUUUCAACAUCGUGGUACUAAAUUCCUAUUAUCUUAAUUCGUACAAAGUUAUGCCCUGUGAAUCUGAAACCCAACCCAAUUUUUCUAUCAGUUUUAUAAGCUUGUAAUAUAAUUCUUUGGAAUCGUGGUUUUUUUCGUAAUUGGUGAUUUCAAAACCAGUAGCAGUGUACAAAGACUGUACUUAAUGAGCACUUAACACUUGUGUUGUAUUAUUUAAUCACGUGGGCUUAAAUUAUAUUUAGGUCUGAAAUCAGUGAAUGUCGGCGAAUUCGGAUCGCUUGUCUUCUCCAAGACGUGGAUAUUUUCUUUCUGUCCAACUAAUCUUUCAUUAAAAGUUCUCUUGUAUUGGGCACUCUGUAUUCCAAGAAAAAGUUGGUGUAGAAAAUAAUGAACAAAAAAUAAUAUAAGACGAGACAACAAGCAAGUCAUUAGUGUGUAUGUAUAUCGUUUCUAUAAGAUUAACUGUGUUAGUUUUUGAAAUUUUAAGAAAAUCGUUUCCUCUCACGGGGUUGGAAUGUGGGUAUUUCCAAUAUUGGUUUCGUGUUAUGAACUGUCGAGUACACGGGGAUGGUUGGUAUCUGUGGUGUGUAUCUUGUUUUUAAUGGUGUAGGGUUUUCUUCAUAAGUGAAAUUCAGUGAAGGGUGGAUAUUAAUGGCCAAUAAUAAAUACAUGACCACCAUCGUCUAGAUAUAGAA